CCCCUCUCUCUCUCUGUUUAGUAAAGUAACUGAAGGUCUUCGUAUUUCCUGUGGUUACAUCAAGUUACCAUGUCUGAAUAUAAAAUUACUAUAAAUAUUGCAAACGAUGUCGAGUAGAAUCUAAAGUUCCUCUUUUCUUCUUUAUAUUUAUUUUCUUGUUUAUAUUAAUUUAUAUAUUCUUUGUAAUUAUUUUCUGUAUAAAAAAAAAUUGUAAAUGUAUAAGCAGCCAGUCUUCAACUCAUUUGACAGCGUCAACAGUCUUAAAGAUCUAAAUACGCAGCCAUUAACACACGCAAACCUUUCCAAAAUUCGAUUGGUGGAUCCAUCUGAAACUCCUUUGGCGCGGUAUUGCUCAACGGUGCAUGGCAGCCAAACGUCUUUGAAAAAGAAGCGACACCAAGACUGCGUUCUUGAAUCACCUCGCAUUGUGGCUUUUCCUUAUCACAACGACUCGUUCUUUUUGCCUACUGCCGAGCAUGAUUACCCUGGAAGCGGAUUAGACACAGCAUCUAUCGCCAGCUUAUCUGUUCACACCAUUGGCAGUCGUAGUACUUUACGACAACCACCUUCGCCUGUGAGCGCUGGGUUUCGCCGCAGCUCUUUUCAACGACGCAUGUCCGCCACGACCCGGGAUCAUGGCUCGAUCACCUCCAAGAACAGUCGCAGUUUGUAUAACAAUAAGAGACGAUCCGCCAGCUUUUCUACUGUGUUGACUCAUUCAGAACAAAGCUCCAAACAUGGCAGCAAGCGACUGGGACGAAGGCUCAAGCAAGGCUUGCUCCGUUUCAAAUCUACCAUCACUCUCAAUUCACACGAUGAACUCUAUUCCAACAGCUCAUCCUCUGUUCCCUCUUUAGCUUCGACCAAGACAUCUCUUACCGAAGACGAAACUGAGCCUAGUGCUCAUCGUACUUGGUAUAAAAAACUCUGGAAGUUUAUCAAGCCUACUGAAAAGUCUAGAACUGAAGCCAUUCUGUCUCCUACUGAUCCUGUCUGGUACACUCAAUACAGAUCUAAUCCCUCUUUGUAAUUUCGUCAUUCUCUAUUGUACAUUAUCGUUAAAAAACUGUAUACAUUUAUGAAAAAAAAGAAACUGGUUUUUUUCUUUUUUUUUUUCAACAAUUAAAAACAGCUUUUGUCUUCUAU